UAUUUCCAGAAUUUGCUGCCAACUUUAAUUCAUGUGAAAGAUGAUAGAGGAGUAAUGGAAGCAACCAUUAAGGUGUUACAAGAGCUGAUGACGCCUGUGGAGUGCCUCAUGCCGGUGGAGAUAAUGGGAAGAAAUUAUGAGGGUCGGCACAUUGUACAUGAACUGGAAUCGUCCAUAGUAAUGACUAAGAAACUAUUCCUAGACACCCGCGUCACAAAAGCUCUCAUUGAUUUGAUGAGCACUGUCUUACAGGAUUCAAAGGUGCUAAGCCUUGCCGAGUGUGAACUUAUCAACCAUUGCCUGUUGCUCGUGAGAAACCUCCUUCACGUGAGCAACAUCCCUUGCCCACUCAUUAACAAAGCCAUGUACAAUCCACCAACAUCAUCCUCAUCGUCAAAUCAGCAGGCUGGAACAAGUCCAGAUGUUUUGACAGAAGACCAAAUAAUGUGGAACCUGUUUGCUCAUAGAUUUGACAAUAUCUUGAUACAGUUGCUAACUUGUGACCAGCAGCAUUUGUGGAAUGUCACCUUAGUGCAGCUUGUUUCCUUGAUGUAUCGUGAGCAGCAGCAAAGCACAAUUCGAAAGCUUAUCCACGAGUGGUUGGAAUCCUCUCUCUCAGAGAGUUCGGAGGAUGAUGAGAACAACACCAUGUCAUCGUCAUCCUCAGAUGCCAUCUCAACAUCUGAUCCAGUAUCAGACUCCUCAGAAAGGUUAUCUCCUGUUGACAGUGUUAACAAAGGGGAGAAGACACAUCCAAAUGUAAAUGAAAGUAAUGAAAAUUCAGACACUUCAAGGAUUACAAAGACAGAUAAAGCAGAUAGCUGCAAGGACAGUGGGUUUGGUCGCUCAGGUUCUAACAUGGAUUCGUCUCCCGAAGAGUCAGUCUCUGAGGGCACUAGUCAGCAUAUUGGUAUGCAGAAAACGUGGAACUCCACUUCUACAAAUGAUGAUAGUCAGCAAUAUUCCACUGAUCAAGCAUCAGUAAAUAAUUUGGACCAAGUCCAGAAAAUAAAAGUACAACGUAGUAAAAAUAAGCUCGGAAAUGUAUCCAUAGACCAAAUGGAAACCUCACCUUUAGGACUUGACAAUGUCAAGGAUAGUGCAUGUGACAUGAAAGAUGAACUGAGUGAAAGAGAAAGUGACCAAGGAGGAAGUGGAGGAAGUGAAGGGGGUAGUGAAGGUAGUAGUCCAGUGCCUGCAAUGGGCCAGGAAUCCCCAAUAUCACAGAUAGACAUUGAUAGUAGGGAUCCAAAUCCUCCGCAGUACAUUCAUAAUGUUGAAGAUGAAAUUCUAACAGCUGUUGGCUCAUUGCUAAUGGAGGAUGGUGGCUGUGACCCAACACCAUUAAGAGUAGAGACCAUAGAUAAUAUGGGCCAAAUGGACGAGGAGGUCAAUCAGCAAAUGUGUUCAUCACAGGAAUCCAUCAAGAGACCCCCAAACAAAGAGGAGUCAGGGUCAAGUGGUGAUUCAAGUGAGAAAAAGCCUCCACCUCAGUUGCCAAAGUUGCUUAAGAAUAAACCUUUAACAGGUCAGAAAAGAUCCAGACAUACAAUGUCACAGAAGAUGCUUUCAGAGACCCAGGAGAAUAAUGAAUCAAGUAACUCAACAGGCUCAGAAUGUGACGAGGGCCCCCAUGCCAAGCGACCACAUCAUCAGAAGCCUCACAAGAUGCUGAGCAAGCCAAGACCAGCCAAAAUGUUGCAGAAGGCGCUACAGGAAAGAAACAUCAAGCGGAGUAAAUUGAUGAAACGCAAAGAGAGCAAUAGCAUAAAGGCAAAGGCCCUCUUACAUCAUCACCCAACAGCAGAUGACAUAUCAAACUUACUGAAGGAGUUCACCGUUGACUUUAUGCUUAAUGGGUAUUCUAAUAUGGUACAGGGUUUAAGACUACAAGUUAUGUUACCCUACCAAAUUGAUCUUGACAAAUCUCAUGUUUUGUGGCUCAUAACAUACUUCCUGCGCUUUGCUGUUGAGCUGGAUUUGGAGCUCUCACAAAUUUGUCCAGUUUUAUCUGUUGAUGUGGUUUCAUACUUGGUAUAUGAAGGAGUAGUUAUGCAAGAAGAACUGGAACAAGCAGUCCGUUCUGGUGAAGACAACCUGCUCCCUCAUGUCAGACGCCUGCAUCUUGUGGUUACAGCUCUCAGAGAAUUUUUUGUAGCUUUCGAUGUCUGUCUGAAGAAGGAGCAGAACUUAUGUAAUGCUGGGAAUUUAUUGCAGAUAAAAGAGGAACUAGGGCAACUUGUUGAAGUCCGACAGUUGUUCGUCUUGUUGAUACGCAUGUACAGGCCAGGGGUAUUGAACCUCAAUUAUCUCCAAGAUCUCAUUACGACAAAUCAUCGAUUCUUAACAACUCAGGAGGGCAACAACCUCACAAUGGCAUCCUUGCAGAGUUUCAGCAUUGUAAAUCACAUCAAGCAGUUUGCCACCAUGGACAUGAUGCGUCAAUAUGGCCGUCUCCUCGAAAACUUCAACAUCAAUGAUGAAACCGUAAAUGACUGCAUAUUCACAAUGAUGCAUCACAUUGCAGGAGACUUACGUAAUGUUAAUGUUUUACUGCAGCCACCAAUUUUGAGAGUAUUUCUACGCAUUUGGAAAGAAGGCUUCGAAUUGUGUGCAGACUGGGCGGAUCUCAUAGAAUAUGUAUUGAGAAAAUGUACUCGUGUUCGCACAGAACACCCCAAUAAGGAAAAGAAAGACACACAGAAACCAGUGUCAGAACCUCUUGGCAUUGAACUAACGGAUGAAGACCUAGACCAGCUCUACUCUCUGUACACUGCCUCCACCAGUGAGCAAGAUUUGAUGGACAAGAUCAAGGAAAUAUGCUGUGAUGAUUCAAUAGAAGAACCUAUUAAGAAAGAAGUUAUCCAGAAGUUGCUUGCCCGAGGAUUUAUAACUACAAGUGAAUGUUCAAAACUUUGUGCUGAAAUACCACCAAUUGAGCCCCUGGCCAGCAAGAGUGAAGGGGCCCUGAGUGUGGAGUGCGAUGUCAUGCAAGUGAGCAGUGACUCGGAGGAAUCCAUGGAUGUACCGCAGUCUGCACCAGAGCAUACACUCAAGAACAUCAACAAGAAAUAUUCUGAGAAGAACAUCAACGAAGUUCAUGCGAUGAUGCCACUGCUUGGCCCACUUAAGAGUAAGAAACUGGCAUUGCAGGAGGUUGACAAUGCAAAGAACUUGGAGGAGAAGAUCAUCCCAUUGCACAAGGAAACAAGUGAUUCAGUUCAAGGUGCUUCAUCAGACAAGACCGAAGAAAGUGCAGAAAGCAACAUGACCUGUACAGAAGAUAGCACUGACUGGGAUGACAACACUACCAUUACAAUGCUUAUAGGCCAACUUAAAGAAGAAGGGUAUGGGGCUCAGGUCCAGUGGUUGCAACUACAACUCUUAGAAGCCUGUUAUUCAAAGCUGAAGAUGGUUGGCCCAAAUCUACCAAAGGCAGAACCUGUUCCCUGUCAUUUUACAUUAUCAAACCAAUCUAUACCACUAGUACCUUGGACAAGUGAGCAAGAAGAGGCUUUUUCCUCCUUAAAGUUCCGCCAGCUGCUCGGAGAGCUAGGCUUUCACCUUCCCUCUGACACGGGCAAAAUCUUCCCAAGAAUUCCCCACUUUUGGUGUCCGGAAGUACUAUUUAUGGUGGCAAAACGUCUUGGGCCCAUCAAUAGUAAGGAGAUGACGACACCGCUGUCCUCAAGGAUUCAUCAUUGCUUGAUUGUGAUGACUCCUCUGAACGAGUUAGCGACUGCUCCAUGGAGAACAAUCGCUCUAGCCCCACAUCACCCGCUUCCUCAAUAGACGAGAAAUUGGCUCUGCUGCACGAUGAAGAGACUGAGAGUAGUGAAUUUUCCCAAAGGUUGGUAUAUACCUUGUAGAAGUUUGUUUUGAUUUUCUCACUUUUUGCAACCCAGCAAUAGCAGUAACUAGCAGAUUCUGUUUAAGUUUUUAGCAUCUCAAUGCAGGGCCAUUCCAGUAUGUUUCUACAAUAAAUGCUCAAGUUUCUGAAAUAUCCUUAUUUUUCAAGUACUUCUAAUGUCUUAUUUUGGAUAAAAUAUCUUGCUACUUUUGGUUAUUUAGAAAAUUAUGGUAUUUCUCUGUUUUUGUAAUACAUUGAAUUGCUAUGAUAAAUUAUAGAUAGGUAACUUAACGCCAAGGCUAUUGUAGGAGGAAUCAGGUCCCAAGGAUUGUAAUGAUGAUUAAAGAAACUUCAUAAAUCAUAUCAGAUAUAUAGGACACAUAUUACACCAAGUCACUUAGAAAUCGAGAGAACCUUUUAAUUUUGAUGUCUAAGUAAAUUCCACAUAUACUUCUGUAAAUGACUUUACUUCCUACUUUGUUAAGUUCUCUUUUUGGUUGAUUUUUCUAAAGAACACUAUGGAAUGGUCCUAUAUUUGAUAUAAUAUUUGCUUACCAGUGUACAGAUUUCCACGAGCCUUGGUAGUUUCCCUUUUCCCAGAAAUUAAUUGACAGUCCUUUUAACAUCAGACUAGCUGAUUUUUCUGAAGAAGAUUGCAUAAUCUUAUUUUUUCUCUAGACUGUGUAUUUUUUCUCCUGAAGAAUCGUUAAUGUCCUCUCCCCUCAAAGGUAGGUAAUGCCUUUCCUUUUCAGAGUAAGAAUCGUCCAAUCCAGUUUUCUGUUGGUAGUUUUUUAUUUUUUUUCCCCUCUACAUUUCAUUAUUAACUUGAACUUAAUAAUACCUUUGUUCUUUGAAUAUCAUUAUUAGCCGUUGUAUCAAUAUGAAACAUAGGUCUUUAUAAAUAAAAGAAUAGUUACCCCCAUGUAGGAAUAGAGUUUAUAUUAUUUCUCAUAAUAGAAUUAACUGACAAGGAGUAAUUUGUUGGCACUGACUGUUCAUGUUUUAUUUGGUGUAUGGAUUGCCUAAUUAUCUUAUUGUAAAAUCAUUUUUGGGCUAAUAUCAGCAUUUGGAUUAGAGAUCAUUUUGAAGGUAUGAUUAGUCCAAUUUGUUUUUGCAUUAUUGGAAAUGUUUUAUCUUUUGUUGAAAAACUUUUUGAUAUUUGUUUGGUCAAUUAUGGAAGACAUUUUGAAAGCAGAUGACAAAUAUAAAUUGAGACUUUAUAGAAUUAUUGUAAUUAAGCCAGUGUUGGAUCCCAGUAAAAAGGAGUUGAUUACUUCUCUUCUGCAUCAAAGAUCAGUGGAAGCCAGAUUUAACACAAAAUAAUUUUUGACAUGUGUGAUGCAAGUUUAGGACUUAGAUUACAGUGAUGGCAGUUUAUUGGUAACACUUUUUUAGACAGUUGAUGAUACGUGGACUCCUCUAUCAGCAUGGAACGGCAAGUGCAUUUUGUUUGAUAGGACAGUGAAUGAACCCUUUACAUUUAUCUGUUCCAACAUUGGGUAGAAUAAGCUAUGCUUUAAAGUAAGUAUUAAGAGCUAUAGGGAAAAGCUUCAGGAUUUGAAAAGUAUUAUAAAUGUAGAUUUGUGUUUUUAAUUACUUUUUUUUUUUUCUUUUUCUUUUUCCUUUUUUUUUCUCCUUAUUAAUUUUUCAUACAUUUUGUCAUAUUUUGCACUUAUUUUGCUUCCUUUUUCUUCAUUUACUUAUUCAUUUUACACAUGUUUAUCAGCAACAUUAGCAGAGAUAAAUGUAGAUUUAAGAGAAAGAUAUAUAUAUAUAUAUAACCUGGUCCAAGUAAGUACUGUGUAUUACUUUUAGAAACUUAUUUUUGCUUGGUUGCUUUAUAAUGAUUAGAAUUAAGAUUUUUUACAUUUAAAAGAAAAAAAAAUUCAAGUUACUACUACACAUGUGUUAUGGAUUUUCUGUUUUUCUUUUAUUUAUUAUUGCAAAAAUGUGUGACAUUUAGCAUUUAAUUGAUUUUCUGUUGUAGAGUAAAAUCAGUUGUCAGAAAAUGCUUAAUCGAUAAACAUAUUCACAUUAUCAUUACCUUUUUUAAUGCAGGGAAUAAUGAAAAAUAUUUUGUUGUUGAAAAUAAUAAUAGUCUAUAGCUUAACACAGAGUGUAUGGAUGCUUUUGUAUGUGCUUGUGUGGGUGGGGUGUUUUUGUGUUUGUGUGUCUCUCUGUAUAUCUGUCUAUGUCAGUGUGUUGAAGCUAAAAACUGAAGGGGGAAAAAAAUGUCUAAGACUACCAUGAAAUAGCAGUCCUUUAUAAUACUUAUUUUAAUCUGAAAUGUAUCUUUAUGAUGUGUAACAAUAUAGCUUGGAAAAAAAAAAAAGAAAAAAGUGUACAAGCUUUAGACAAUUUUGAUGUGUCUGAUGUAGUCAGAGUGAUUUCAUUGUUUCUUUAUUUUAUUAGAAUCCCUAUGGCUGGUUUGAUGGUAUCUCCAGCAGGCGUACCAGCUGGUCAUGAGAUUCAAGAUGACCCUGACAGCUUAAUGACAUCUCCAGUACAAGUGAUUUCAACCACUGAUGAUGUCAUGAUGAUGUUAUCAGACACUG